AUGGCGGCGGAAGAAGAAAACGAGUUCUACCUGAGGUACUAUGUCGGGCACAAGGGCAAAUUUGGACACGAGUUCCUGGAGUUCGAGUUUAGGCCUGACGGUAAGCUCCGUUACGCCAACAACUCAAACUACAAGAACGAUACGAUGAUCCGGAAGGAGGUGUUUCUCACCCCCGCCGUUCUCAAGGAAUGCAAGCGUAUCGUCUCCGAGAGCGAGAUAAUGAAAGAAGAUGAUUUUAAGUGGCCGGAACCUGACCGUGUUGGAAGGCAAGAGCUUGAGAUCGUUAUGGGUAACGAGCAUAUCUCCUUCGCUACUUCUAAGAUUGGUUCUCUCGUUGAUGUCCAGAGCAGUGAUGAUCCUGAAGGUCUUCGCAUCUUUUACUAUCUUGUUCAGGACUUGAAAUGCCUUGUUUUUUCGCUCAUCUCGCUGCACUUCAAGAUCAAGCCUAUUUAG